GCUUCCGGCGGCUUCCGGGAGCGGGAGCCGGUGAGUGGCGCUGGGGAGCGGCGGCGGCAGGCAUCCAGCACUGGAACCAGGAUGAGUGUGGAAGCAAGUGGCAAGCCCCUCAAGGUGGGCUCCAGAGUAGAAGUCAUCGGGAAAGGGCACCGUGGAACAGUGGCUUAUGUCGGUGCCACCUUGUUUGCCACCGGAAAAUGGGUUGGUGUCAUCUUGGAUGAAGCAAAAGGCAAGAAUGAUGGGACUGUGCAGGGCAGAAAAUACUUCACCUGUGAAGAGAACCACGGCAUCUUUGUACGGCAGUCGCAGAUCCAGGUUUUUGAAGAUGGAGCUGAUACAACAUCCCCAGAAACACCAGAGUCUUCUGCCUUGAAAGUCCCCAAAAGAGAUUCCCUGGAAGCUGCCAAAGCCAGCAAACUGGCCCCGGCAACGCGGAAGACCACCACCCGGCGGCCCAAGCCCACCCGGACCACCAAUUCUGCGGCGUCCAGCGGUACGGCUGGGCCCUCCGGCUCAGCCUCGGCCUCCGGCGGGGAGAUGAGCAGCAGUGAACCCAGCACACCUGCUCAGACGCCGCUGGUGGCCCCAGUUAUUCCAACUCCCUCCCUGGCCUCUCCGGUGGCACCUCCAGUUCCAUCACCCACAAAGAACAGCUCAGCAGCAUCUCAGUUUGCUCAUGAAGGCCAGGAGGAGGAGAAUUUGCGUGCUCAAGUCAGGGACCUGGAGGAGAAAUUGGAGACUCUGAAGAUAAAGCGAAAUGAAGACAAAGCAAAACUUAAAGAGCUCGAGAAGUACAAGAUCCAGCUGGAACAGGUGCAGGAAUGGAAAAGCAAAAUGCAGGAACAACAGGCUGAUCUUCAAAAACGUUUAAAGGAGGCCAAAAAGGAAGCCAAAGAUGCCUUGGAAGCCAAGGAGCGCUACAUGGAGGAGAUGGCAGAUACUGCUGAUGCGAUUGAAAUGGCAACCCUGGACAAGGAGAUGGCAGAAGAGCGAGCAGAAUCCCUGCAGCAGGAGGUGGACUCCUUGAAAGAGAAGGUGGAAUAUCUCACAAUGGACCUGGAGAUCCUGAAGCAUGAGAUAGAAGAGAAAGGCUCAGAUGGAGCAGCAUCCAGUUACCAAGUCAAACAGCUAGAGGAGCAGAAUGCGAGACUUAAGGAAGCUCUUGUAAGGAUGAGGGACUUGUCUGCAUCAGAGAAGCAGGAACACGUGAAGCUUCAGAAGCAGAUGGAGAAGAAGAACACGGAACUGGAGUCCCUGCGUCAGCAGAGGGAGAAGCUGCAGGAGGAGGUGAAGCAGGCAGAGAAAACAGUUGAUGAGCUGAAGGAGCAGGUUGAUGCUGCUUUGGGUGCUGAAGAGAUGGUGGAGACUCUGACGGAGAGAAACUUGGACCUGGAAGAGAAGGUCCGGGAGCUGCGUGAGACUGUUGGAGACCUGGAAGCCAUGAAUGAGAUGAAUGACGAGCUGCAGGAAAAUGCCCGGGAGACUGAGCUGGAGUUACGGGAGCAGCUGGAUAUGGCAACAGCACGGGUCCGUGAAGCGGAGAAGCGUGUGGAGGCUGCACAGGAGACCGUGGCUGACUACCAGCAGACUAUCAAGAAGUACAGGGAGCUGACUGCACACCUUCAGGAUGUGAACCGUGAACUCAUGAGUCAGCAAGAAGCUUCUGCCGAGAAACAGCAGCAGCCUCCUCCAGAAAUGUUUGACUUCAAGAUUAAAUUUGCAGAGACAAAAGCCCAUGCUAAGGCUAUUGAGAUGGAGCUGCGCCAGAUGGAGGUGCAGCAGGCCAACCGGCAUGUCUCCCUCCUCACUUCGUUCAUGCCAGAUAGCUUCCUGCGCCACGGAGGGGACCACGACUGCAUCCUUGUGCUGCUGCUCAUCCCCCGGCUCAUCUGCAAGGCUGAGCUGAUCAGCAAACAGGCUCAGGAGAAGUUUGAUCUGAAUGAAAACUGUGCAGAGCGCACUGGCCUCAGGGGUGCUCAGGGAGAGCAGCUGAGCUUUGCUGCUGGCCUGGUAUAUUCUCUAAGUCUCCUGCAGGCUACGCUGCACAAAUACGAACAGGCCCUGAACAAAUGCAGCGUUGAGGUGUAUAAGAAGGUGGGGAUGCUGUACCCCGAGAUGAGUGUCCAUGAACGCUCCCUGGACUUCUUGAUCGAGCUGCUGCACAAGGACCAGCUGGAUGAGACUGUCAAUGUGGAGCCACUGACCAAAGCUAUCAAAUACUAUCAGCACCUGUAUAGCAUCCACCUGGCUGACCAAGCUGAAGACUGCACGAUGCAGCUUGCUGACCACAUUAAGUUCACCCAGAGUGCCUUGGACUGCAUGGGCGUGGAGGUGGGCAGACUGCGAUCCUUCCUCCAGGCUGGGCAAGAGGCAUCUGACCUUGCCAUCCUCCUCAAGGACUUGGAGACCUCGUGCAGUGACAUUCGACAGUUUUGCAAGAAGAUCAGGCGCCGCAUGCCAGGGACAGACGCUCCUGGCAUCCCUGCAGCCCUCGGCUUUGGGCAGCAGGUGUCGGACACGUUACUGGACUGCCGCAAGCACCUGACCUGGGUGGUGGCCGUACUGCAGGAAGUGGCUGCUGCUGGGGCCCAGAUGAUUGCCCCUCUGACAGAGAACGAGGGACUGUUGGCGGUGAAGCUGGAGGAUUUAGCCUUCAAAGCGAGCGAACAGAUCUAUGGCACCCAGGGCAUCAACCCGUACGAGUGUUUGCGCCAGUCUUGCAGCAUCCUCAUUGCAACCAUGAACAAGAUGGCCACAGCCAUGCAGGAGGGAGAAUAUGAUGCUGAUAGGCCACAGACUAAGCCCACACCACCUGCUGACCUUAGGGCAGCAGCUCUUCGGGCAGAGAUCACUGAUGCAGAGGGGCUGGGGCUUAAGCUGGAGGACAGGGAGACAGUUAUCAAAGAGCUGAAAAAAUCUCUCAAGAUCAAGGGAGAGGAGCUCAGUGAAGCAAAUGUGCGUCUCAGUCUCCUGGAGAAGAAGCUUGAUAGCGCAUCCAAGGAUGCAGAUGACCGAGUGGAAAAGAUACAGACAAAGCUGGAUGAGACCCAGACACUGCUCAAAAAGAAAGAGAAGGAGUUUGAGGAGACCAUGGAUGCUCUUCAGGCAGAUAUUGAUCAGCUGGAGUCAGAAAAGGUGGAGCUGAAGCAACGCUUGAACAACCAGUCAAAGAGAACCAUUGAGGGUCUGCGUGGAGCCCCUGCCUCUGGAGUUGCCUCCAUUGUGUCUGGCAUUGCAGGAGGUGUCGGCGCCAGCCAGGUGAUGGGAGGCGGCUCAGGGCCGGUCCAGGUGAAGGACUCGCCUCUCCUUCUCCAGCAGAUCGAUGCCAUGCGGCUGUCCAUCAAGCACCUCAAAAAUGAGAACAACCGGCUCAAGGGAGCCCAGAUGAAGAUGGAGCUAGCAGGACUGACACCUUUGCAUGUACCCAAGCUGCCCCUCCCCAAGGAUAGACAGGGAGAAGAUGUGGCCUCAGGCACCCUUUAUCGCAAGACCAGCCAGCUCCUGGAGACCCUCUACCAGAUGAGUGCCAAUGCCAAGGUUGUGGACAUCACACGAAAAAAGUCAGCAGGGAGCCCUGCAGCCCGGCUGCUGGAGCAGACGGCCCGCCUGAAGUCUCUCAGCGACAGCAUCGACAAACUGAGGGAUGAGGUGAUGAAAGAGACAGUUCUGCAGCACCCAGGGGCCAACGUCCCCACGGACUUCGCCACCUUCCCCUCCUCCUCCUUCCUAAAGGCCAAAGAGGAGAAGGAGGAGGACAUGGUUUACUUCGGCAAAGUGACCUUCCCCUGCCAGCCCGGGCGCGGCCAAGUGCACAAGCUCGUCCUCACCCCAGAGCAGCUCCACGAGCUGCACAGCCGCCUCAUCUCCUAAGGCAGGCGCUGCCUCCCCCGUACAGACUGAGGUUCAUUGCACAUCCCCUCCCCAGCCUGUUGCCGAGUUGUCCCCCGUACCAGGCAGCCCUCAGGGGCAGCAACACUAACCUGUGUGUACCCCGGCCGCGGCGGCGCCCCUCGGCCUCGCUCCGCUGGGUCCCUGUUACUGAAACCACUGCUCUCCUCUCCCUCGCCCAGCCUGGCCGUGGAGGGGAAACGCUGGCCGCGUUCACCGCGUCGCCCCUCCUCCCCGGCCCUGCUGUGGGGGCGAGGGUGCGAGCUGCUUUUCCUCCUGGGGCGAGCAACCAGGACACCGACCAAGAGCUCAGACCACCGUGUGCUGCUGCCCCCUUCGAAGCCAAUGCUGUUUAACACUAGAGCCAGUUCCUGCUCUUCUUCUGAGGCCUCUGCUGCUCGUGCCUGGCCGGGCCUGGGGGCAGCGUGGGGCCUGGCGGGGAGCAGGAACCCCGGGGAGCUGGGGCCUUGCUUGAGGCGCUAAAACCCAAAGCAGGCCCGGGCACCGUCCCUGCCUCCUGCCGGGCCGCCGUGGCUGUGGCCGGAGGGAGCCCGCCAGCGCGGGAGGCGAGACCCUGCUGCCUCGGCCCCCGCGCCGGGGUUUGUUCCGCGGGGCCGGGACCCCGCGCCGCCGGGGGCGGCUCCCGUCCCGCGGGGCCGCGGCCCCUCUGCGCUCGAGCUCUUGAAUAAAGCUGCCCUUCACCCCGCG